CGACAACAUGCGCGCACAUUUGCGACCACCCCGUCCAUGGCGAGUGGACAUAACCGGUGGUCCAAGAUCCGCCACGAAAAGGGCGCAGCAGACAUGAAGAAGACCGCCCAGCGCAAUGUCUUUGCCAAACACCUCACGCUCUACUCGAAGCUCUACGGCGGCGACCCAGCCCUCAACUCACAGCUUGCCAGCGUCAUCGCGGCCGCCAAGAAAGCCGGCAUGCCCAAGGCCAACAUUGACGCAGCCGUCGCUCGCGGGCAGGGGAAAUCGACUACGGGCGAAAAGCUCGAGGCCGCCACGUUUGAGGUGAUUGUGAGCGGGCCCACUGCGGCAUCGUCAGUGGCCAUCGUCGUGGACAUCGAGUCGGACAACAAGACGCGGUCGAUCAAGGACCUGCGCGUCGUGGCGAAGAAGCACAAGGCCCUCGCGGCGCCCACGGCGUUCCAGUUCACCCGCACUGGGCGGAUCGUGCUCGGCCCCCCGGCAGAAAGUGAGCAGCCAGCCGAGGAGGACCGGUUUGAUGAUGUGCUCAUGGCGGCGGUGGAGGCGGGCGCCGAGGAUGUGGAGCAGGACGACGAGGGGAACUUCCUGCUGUGGACACAGCCCGGUUCGACACACCAUGUCGCACAGACUGUGGCGAAGGAGCUUGGGCUCCAGAUUCUGGAGUCGGACAUCAUCUACAAGCCCACGGCCGAGAUGGUUGCGGUCGACGACGAGGCCGCCGCACAGGCUUUGGCCGCUUUCCUUGCGGCCGUCAAGGAAUACCCUGACGUGCAGGCUAUUUACUCGAACGCCAUUAAGGGCGCCAUCUCAGAAGAGGCAUGGGCCAAGAUUGACGAGUCUCUAGAC